UCUCGUCGACCCGGUCGUUGCAAUGGCGAUGGCAUUAUUCAGGACCCCACUAGGGACCGUGAAGGCUUCGAAUUUGAGAAUCCCUCCGCCCACUGCCAGUUUGUGUCGCAGCUGCACAUAUGGGAUUCUUUCAAGGAUUUGGAAAAGGACAUGAGCAAAUUGUUUACUCUCAUCCAAAACGUCACCUUCACCGUAGUCGGGCACCACCCGAUCGCCGGUCGCUACAAUGACCUGCUGCAUUUCUACGUCAACGCCCUGCGGCGCGUUAGUGUGCUGUUUCUCGAUCACGCCGACACAUUCGAGAUCCACCCGCGGGCCAUCCACGGUGGGUGUAAUAGUGCAUGGUCGGUGCAGGAGAUCAAUUUCAAAGGGGUCAUGAACUCGGGCGAUGAUUUCGACAUCGUCAACGUCUGGGUGACUCGCUGGCACCGCAACCAAAUGGUCGAGAUUCGCACGUACAUCGAUGCACCGCAGAUCAUGGAGACGUUGUAG